CGUGGUCGUGACGUCACCGAGUGGCUGGAACCACAGUGUACAGACUUCAUCUCAGCCAAGCGAAGAUGGCGGUGCAGGAGUCGGCAGCGCAACUCUCCAUGGCUCUGAAGGUCCAAGAAUACCCAACUUUAAAGGUUCCCUACGAGACGCUGAACAAGCGCUUCCGUGCUGCACAGAAGAACAUUGACCGGGAGACGAGCCACGUGACCAUGGUGGUGGCGGAGCUGGAGAAGACGCUGAGCAGCUGCCCUGUCGUGGACUCGGUGGUGUCGCUGCUGGACGGCGUGGUGGAGAAGCUCAGCGCCCUCAAGAGGAAGGCGGCUGAGUCGAUCCAGGCCGAGGACGAGAGCGCCAAGCUCUGCAAGCGGCGCAUCGAGCACCUCAAGGAGCACAGCAGCGACCAGCCGGCCAGCGUGAACCUGUGGAAAAAGAAGCGCAUGGACCGCAUGAUGGUGGAGCACCUGCUGCGCUGCGGAUACUACAACACGGCGGUGAAGCUGGCACGGCAGAGUGGCAUCGAGGAUCUGGUCAACAUUGAGAUGUUCCUCACUGCAAAGGAAGUUGAAGAGUCUUUAGAACGACAGGAAACGGCCACCUGCCUCGCUUGGUGCCAUGAUAAUAAAUCGCGUCUCCGCAAGAUGAAGAGCUGCCUCGAGUUCAGCCUGCGCAUCCAAGAAUUCAUAGAGCUCAUCCGGCAGAACAAGCGCAUGGACGCUGUCAGACACGCGCGGAAGCACUUCAGCCAGGCUGAGGGCGGGCAGCUCGAUGAAGUGCGCCAGGUGAUGGGAAUGCUGGCCUUCCCCUCAGAUACCCACAUCUCCCCCUACAAGGACCUGCUGGACCCAGCGCGUUGGAAGAUGCUCAUCCAGCAGUUCCGAUAUGACAAUUACAGAUUACACCAGCUGGGCAACAACUCCGUGUUCACCAUCACCCUGCAGGCCGGGCUGUCUGCCAUCAAAACACCGCAGUGCUACAAGGAGGACGGCAGCUCCAAGAACCCCGACUGCCCUGUGUGCAGCAAGUCGCUCAACAAGCUGGCGCAGCCACUGCCCAUGGCGCACUGUGCCAACUCGCGGCUUGUGUGCAAGAUCUCGGGGGAGGUGAUGAAUGAGAACAACCCCCCCAUGAUGCUCCCCAACGGCUACGUGUACGGAUACAACUCCCUCCUGUCCAUUCGCCAAGACGACAAAGUGGUGUGUCCCAGAACCAAGGAAGUGUUCAACUUCUCUCAGGCGGAGAAGGUCUACAUCAUGUGAGCGCACAGGUCUGUGCCACCGUGGGACGCCACGGGGCUCUCGUGGAAGUCGUUCGGCUGACCUGGCCAGUCCGAGUGCGACAGCAAACAGCCCCAAGAGCUGCCCGGACCCCCAAGAGCUGCAGUCGAUGCCCGUGUUCCUCGUGACAAAGAGCUAACAACAUGACAAGCCCCUCCCCCCCCUUUUUCUGUCAUCUACUUCUAACCGCCUCGCCCUGUUGUGGAGGAGCCUGUUAAUGGCAGGACAGAUAGAAUCAGGACAUUGGAGGGGGGACUCUGGAUGGGACUGCUGGGAUUUCUACCAAUAUUAAAGGACUUUUGUUUUUAAAGCAGUGACAUUUAUUGAACUAGUUUCAUUGCAGUAGUGUGGUGCUUCUAGCAGGGCUCAGUAUCAUAAGUGCUUCUGCCUUUUCUUUUUACCGUGGUCAGCCUGACUGUACCAGCUGACGUCACCGGUGUUCAACCACAAUACUUAUACAUACAGUAUGUAUAUAUAAGUAUGUAUACUCAAUACAUACAUUGAGUGCGAUGUUUGAUUUACUUUUUUUACAUUUAGAGGAUGUUCCAGUGGCUGGGACUAACCAGUGUUCUUGAAGCUGCAUGUUUUUCAAUACCUAUCAUCUCUCCCACUUGUUCCUCUUAGGAGCUGGUAAAACAUGUUUAGUAUUGAAAUUUUAGGAGACAGUUUAGAAACUACUUAUGCAUGUUUAAAUUGAUAGAGUAGGAUAUGGAUUGUUUAUGUAUAAUUGCUGAUAAAGGUUGUUUAAUAAAAAAAAGAAAAAAAGUGG